AUGCAGAGCGGCCAAAGGGCGGCUUUUUCGGUCUCUUCUCCAAGUCUCAAGACAGCGAGUUUCGGCGCUUCUCUUUGUAUGUGGCAGGGGACAGUGGAAUUGGGGAGGCUACAACGAUGCGGAAUGGUGGCCAAGCUGGCAGUGAGCUGUAG